AUGUUGCUAUGUCUACAAAAUAUGUAUUUCCUUGAAGAUUAUCCCAAUAUAGACAUCAUCCCAUGUUCUAAUUUGUUGAGCAAACCAAUGCCAAUUUGCACAAUCUGCGAAUCAGCUGAAAUGAUUGGAGUUAAUCUUCUUGAAGAUUACUUGAGUAAACAUGCAAUCAAGCUUCAGAUAAUUUGGAAUGGAAGGCAUUCGCAAAAUACAGAUCAGUUGCCGAAGAUUUUCAGAUCACUUCAUAGCAUCCGUUCGAAAAUGUCGUCUCCCGUGAGAAAUGAUGUUAUCGGUCAAGUGAAUGGCAAUUUCGGUCGAUGGCAACUUCGAACAAUUAUUUUGAUAUUUUUGUGUAAAAUUCCUUCCUCUUGGUUCAUGGCAUGUGUGAUUUAUACGGCACCAGCCCCCAAGAAAAGUGAUUAUUAUUGUAACCCCUUCAAUGAUUCGGUUGUGACAAACUCGCAAGAUUGGGUGAAAAAAUCGCAGCCUUCCUACAUACAACGCGCUACCGACCGGGAGUUCCAAGUGGAUUUCUGUCAAAUUUAUGAACAAACUCUGGAUAGUGACUUCAUACGGAGGCAUUCGAAUUAUUCGAACCCAUUUCUGCAGCCGAGAGGGCCUGACGAGAAUAUCAUCCCUUGCAGCCACUUCGAACAUAACCCGGUAUAUUCGUCGUUAGUAACUGAUUUUGAUUUGAUUUGUUCGAGGCAACUGCUAGUCAGUGUAUCACAAGCGGGACAUGCUUUGGGCACGCUAAUCGGAGGCCUCAUCGCUACCAAACUACUGAAACGUAUCAGCCCCAGACGCCUCAUGCUAAUAGGGAUGCUGUCCCAAAUCUUUUUCGGGAAUUUAACAGGACUUGUGCACUCGUUCAACUUGCAUAUGUUCUACAGAUGCGUUACGGCUGCAUGUUGCGCUUUCAUGUACACAGCAGGACAAAUGAUACUUGCCGACAUCACUGCUGGAAAGGCUAAAGUCAUUAUAACGACAUUAUUCGAGCUGUUCUGGUCGAUUGGGUUGAUCCUUCUACCGGGGAUCUCAAUAUUUGUGGAUAGUUGGACCCAUCUUUACGUGGCAAUAUCAUCUCCAACAAUACUGCUUGUCUUCUUACACAGGUGGAUAACAGAUUCCCCGCGUUGGCUCCUUAAACAAGGGAAAAUCGAAAAUACAAUGAAUAUCCUUCUUGAAUCUGCUGCGUUCAAUAACAAGCAAAUUCCUCUGGAUUUAGAACAACAACUUCAAGAAAUGGCAAACAAUAUUCGAAACGUUAAUCCGCCGAGCUAUUGGAGUAUUUGGGAUGGAAAGACGAACAGAAGCUUCAUAAUUGCUGUUCAUAUGGCAUGGGUGUGGGCUGUGAUGCUGUACAAUGCAAUGAUCAUAAAUAUUAGAUCAUUUGGUGUGGACCAUAUUCAUUCUAAUACCGUCAUUUUAGGAUUUGCUGAAAUGAUUGGCGUAUUUGGUGGACUUUAUUUUAUUCUAUAUACACGUCGGCGAUGGCUUUGGGUGGGAUAUUGUAUAACGAUUGCGGGCUUCCUGACAUUUUUCAUCUGGACGGUACCAAGCACAAUGAAGGAAUCUAAACAAGCUGGACUAGAAAUAAUAUUCUGCACAGGAUUAAAAAUAGCAAACGCUCUAUCGAUGUCAAUUUUAAUUACAUGCACAGGUGAACUGGUGACCGAGGAAAAGCGUCCUAUACUUAUGUUUUCAGUUGUUACUUGGAGUCGGAUUUGGUUACUGAUUGCUCCGUUCAUUAUUGCUCUGUCCACCAUACACAAGUUGAUACCAGUGACUAUAUUUGCUGGAUUGGCUGUAAUCAACGGUCUUUUCAUGUGUUACAUAAAUGAACAAUUUUGGAACUUCAGUCACCCGAAAAUUGAACGUGUCCCAACCUUGACGACAUUUAGAAGAAACUCAGCCAUUUUGCUGAUGAAAAGAAAUUCUACAUGCUCCGAAUUAAAUAUCGGAAUGUCAACCCCACCCAGAGCUAGUAUAUCUGAUUUGUUGUCAACUUGUGAAGCGAUUGAAGAAAAAUUUUGAUAUUUUUGUUUUUUAAAUUAAUUAAAUUAUAUUAUACGAGACACCUACUUCUUU